AGUCCAGACUUAGUAGCACCACUACUAUUUCCUGGAAUUUUGAUACCCCUCGCUAAAUGGUGAUUUGUCUCUUCCCUUUUCUUUUCAGUGGUUUUUCUUCUGUUCCGACCAUUAUACCCACAACGGUCGUACUGCUUGGGGAACUUUAACCCCCCGUCAGCCCUCUCUGUGUCGGGGCAGUUGAACCCCUCUCGCUACUUUGCCCGUUCAGCCAGCCUCCCCCCGCCAGGUUUCGGGCUAAAUUGAUAGCGCUAGUGCCUGGUGAGUAAUCUGCCUCUUGAGUUCUAGUCCUUAAAGCCAUAUACAUACCUAGGCAAGGGCAGAAACCAAAUAGUCAGAAAUAAGGAAACAUGGCGUUAGAACUUCUGCUUUCCCCAACUUCCCUGCCAACGUUUAUUUGAUUAGAUGACUACGAUACGUGCGACGGAACCAAUGCGAGGAACUCUCAUUGAUACCACUGAGUUCCUUCCUGCAUGCUAAUAGAUCCUGAACAGAACCACGUCUUGAGUCUCUCUUUCUACAAAUACACUUGCGCUUCUCGUCCCCUCUCCUUUCUUUCGAGGGUAAGUGCCUAUCACGACCUGUCCGUCUGAAGCUGUCAUGAGUUUAACAGGGUGGUCGACAGGGCAAGACGCGAGCUUAUAACUAGCAUAUCUUCUACUCAAUAGCGUUCCAUCUCUAGUACAACAUAGAGAUUAUGUAUAAUUAGCAUGUCGGCUACUUCAUUUCUGGACAAACCACUCCUCAAAGUCAGUCGACCAGUGGCUGCUUGCUCAAGAUGCCGAACAGCCAAAAUCAAAUGUGACGGGAAGCUUCCGGCCUGCUCCGCGUGCGAAAGGGUCGGGAAAGCGAGCACCUGCUCCGGCGCAAGUGACGAAUUCGCCAGAGGAAAGGAAAGAAGCUAUGUCGCCUCUUUGGAAGGUUACUGCGAACGACUCAAAACGAAGAUUGACGAUCUUCGCCGCCUCAAAACAUCAUUAUCAGUGGACGAAAGGGGUGUCGCCCAUCAAAGUUCGAUCACCUCCAUCUCCUCGGCAGGUACUGUUGCACAGGAAGGUGGCAAAGAAGUGACUGACAUCGAUGACCUCGUUGGUGAUUUUGGCUUCUUGUCCGUCAAUGCGACUUCGAGAGACUUCCAUGGGAUUACUUCGAAUACGUCUUUCGCCAAUCUUCUUCUGUCCCUGUCUCAAGCUGAGUCGAUACCAAGAACGACGGCGCAGUCAAUACCGCCACGCCAUGAGAUAAUGCCCGUGCUACAACACUAUUUCGACAACAUCUACAUACAGCUUCCAUUUUUCGCCGAAACGAGCUUCUGGACAUCUGUGGAUGCGGUCUACCAAGCUGGGGGGCGCUUUGCCAAGCCCUUUGACAAGUGGAUUGUGCAUAUGGUCUUAGCCACUGCGUCUGCGUCUAUCUCCCUCGAGAUCGGUGAUAGAAGUCAUCACAGAGCGUUGUCUCAUGUUUCAAUGGCAAUGAAUCAAGCCGAGGACGUCGUCCGUCCCGGUACUAUAGCCGGUAUCCAGUCAAUCCUCCUGCUUGCCCAAUAUUCCUUAUUCGACCCCCAACACUUUCGCAGCUGGUACUUAGUAGGGAUGGCUGUCAGGGUAAUGGUCGAUCUAGGCCUACACCAGGACCCGCCUUUGGAUGUUCAGUCAGCCUCGGAGCAGUUGGACCUGCGCCGCCGUGUUUUCCAUUGUGUCUAUUGCUUGGAUAGAGGAAUAAGCACUGCCUUUGAAAGAACCUUCUCGUUCUCGGACGAUUCCGUCGAUGUUGCUUUGCCGUCUUCUGCCACGUCCCUAGGGGCUUCACUAACCGAAAAGAGCCAUAUAUUUUUACGAAGCUCGGAGCCUGCGUGGCACAUCGUCAGAAUUCGCCAAAUACUGUCGGAGGGUUACCAGAGAAGAUAUUUUCAUGAACACGAGACUUCUCUUCAAGCUCCGGCCUCGACGUGGGCUCUCUGCUCAAAAGCAUACGAGUGGUUUGAUAAAAUCCCGAGUAAUAUACCAAACCACUUCCCCAUCCUGUACCGAUUGGAGCUAUCAUACGCGAUAGUCGUGAUUCUCUCUGCUGGCGACGAACAGACCACACUAUGUGAUUACAGCAAGAUUGUUCUGUUCCAUUGCUGCAUGCGGUACAUCAAAGAACUCUAUGAGGUGCUGAAGAACCCUGCCUGGCUGCCCCUGAUGACCUUCCUGGAUAUUCAGAGGACGUAUCAAGUUGGCCGACGAUUCAUACGAGAUGUGACAGAAAACCAGGACCUUCUCUUGAACCCGUCGAUACCCGCAUUACCCUCAAUUCCUCCGGAGACCCCGGAACAGCUGAUUUUGAAUGGUGAAGAUUGUAUGAGCUUCCACGCGCGCGCCUCGGAAUGUCUUUCUCAGAUCAACAAUCUCCUCCAAUAUGGUGCAAGCAAGUGGGGAGCAACCAGCAUACUUGGAGACUUCCAGCAAAUGUGCGAGCCCGCCCGGAGCCGUCUAUUACAUGCAUCGAACCCAUAUCUGGCAGGUUCUGGGGCCUAUAUGGCUGGCUACGCUUCAUUGGUGCCUGCAGGAACAGGAUACCUAGGCUUUGACAUUGGAUAA